AUGAUGAUUAAGAAAAAAAUGCCUAUAAAAUAAACACCAAUCAAUUAUAGUUAAAGUACAAUAUGUUGUGAUUGAUUAGACAAAAAACAAUUUUGGGAAUAAGUCUUAAAAGAUUAAUAGAUUACAGAUUUGCCAUAGUUUAAUGAAUAGGAUAAUGAAUAAUAAUCAAUUUCCACACCAAGAAAUGAACACAUCAUUUAAUAAUUUUGGUUUCUUUAAAAGUUCUUUCUUUAGUAUACUCUUUUAAAUUAUACUCAUUUAUUUCAUUUUGUGACUUUUUUCAAAAAAGAAUGGCAAUUAUUUCCUUGUAGAAACUAAUAAUUUCAUUGGAAUUUAUUAUUGUUACCACUUAUAUUUUAUUAAUUAUCAGCUUAUGUUUCAUUUAAGAUAUAAAAUAUGGGAUUAUUUAUUAUAGGAUUAGUUAUUUUUAGUAGUUUAAAUUUAAUGAUUAGUAUAUUUUAUAGACCUAAAUAAAAUCUUGAUUAACAUAUGCAUGAAACCUGUCUAAAACUUGAAAAAAUAAGAGAAUUAUUUAAAUAAAAUAAAUAAACUAAUUAAGAAGUAAAUGAAGAAAUAAAUAAAUAAAGUGAAGAAUAAUAAUAAGAAUUUAUAGGUAAUAUAAUUAAAACUACUUAAAAUUAUUAUCCUAAUCUCAUAUCAUAUAAUAAUUUAUUAUUACAUAAUAUUUAACCAAAAUGGUGUUUAACAUUUUUUGGUCUAAGUUUUUUAUUGUCAUUUUAAAUUUAUGAUAUUUAUUGGGAAUUUACAUUUAGUUGGUUAUAUGGAUUAUUAUUAGAAUAAUUGAUAAGAUUUUCAUUCUGUUUUAUUUAUUCUAAAAAAUUAACUUAAAAAUGGAUUUUAUAAGGACCUGAUUAAGUUUAUACAGAAAUGUAAAUUUUAGCAGAAUUUUAUAAACCUUUAAUGUUGAUAUCUAAAAGUCCAUAGAAAUAUAUUAUGAAUGAUACUCAUGUUAAUAUUAGUGGAAUGAGUAAAGAUCAAUCAAAUUUAAAUAUUCUUAAUCAUAAUUCUACUCAUGAUUUAAUUUAAAAUAAACAUUAAAUUCUUAGAAUAACAUCUGCUAAUCUUGGAACUAUAGAAGAUACUAAAUUAGAUAUAACUGAAAAUGUAAAAGAAUUACCAAUUUUAGAUUCAGAUUAAGCACUUGAUACAGAAUAAAAUAACAAUAAAUAAAAUUUAAAUUAAUAAACUGAAAUGGAUACAUAACCAGAAGAUAUUUAAUUUAAAAAAAAGAAGGUUUAAAGAGUUAAAUUAGAAGCAUUAUAUCAUUCUAAAGUAACAAACAGAUCUCCUAAACCAAAUUUACCUAAACCUCAAUUUUAUUCAAGUUAGAAAAAUAAAUAAAAUUAAGAAGAAUAAAAUAAAUUAUAAGAAUAAGAGAUCUUUAUAUAGAAUCAAGAUUUUGAUGAAAAUCAAAAAGAAAAUAUUAAUUAUGAAUUUAUUUAAUUUAAAGAAGAUAUUAAUAGUCCACCUCCUUAAUUUAAUCCUAUUGAUUUCUUAAAAAAUAUAAGUCCAAUUGGAUCAUAAUUAUCAUAAAGAAAUGAAAUUCCACAUUAAUGGGAAGAACCUGAUGAAGAAGAAGCAUGCAAUUUUAAAUCUUCAUUUAAUUAAGAUUUAUAAGAAGCAGAAUUUGAUAGAGGAAUUACUCCUAAAAUUUUACCAUUAUAACCUAAUAGUAAUAUUAAUAAUAGAUCUCCUGUUAAUUAAUCAUUAGGUAGUGGUGUAGGAAGUAAAUUUGGAACUGGAAGCAAAGUAGGAACUGUAGCAAGAAGAAACAAUAGUUAAAAGACAUCUAAAGAGGAAGAAGAAAAAUCAUAUAAAGAAUCUAAAAGAAUUAGAGUAAAUACAAGAAAUGGUAAAGAAUCUCCAGAUAGAAAGAAUAAAAAAAAUGGAAAACUUAGAGGAGAAUCAAUGAAAGUUAGAGGAAAUAGAAAAGAAGAUAUACCAACAUUAAAUUUUGAUAGUGCUAGAUUUUAGUCUCCUUAUUUAGACUUUCUUCCUGGAAUGAAAGAUUCUUCAUAAUAAUAAAAAACAUAACGUAAACAAAAUAUAAGUGCCAAUAAAUAGAAAAUUUAAUAAAUUAUUAAAUAAUAUGAAAGUAUUUAAACAUCCAAUGAACAUAGAAAUGUUGAGUGA